CUAUGGGCGGCCACGUGGGCGGCCCGCGCCUCGGCCGCCAACCCUCGCUGGCCUGCGGGUUCGGGGCCUGUCGAGGCGCCCGGGCCUGGGGGGCUCGAGGACCCGGGGUUCCGGGAGCGGGCGCUGCUGGCCAGGACUCGGGUCUCGGGGGCUGCGUGCGGGGCGGCGCGUGACCUUGUGGCGUGCAGAGGAGCAGCCAUCACGCCGGGCUCCCGGCUGUACCGGGGCAUGUGGCCGGGGCCGCCGGCUUCCUGCGCCGUGGCCCCCUGUGAUGCCCCCGCUGGUGUCGGAGACCCUUCUCUGGUUCCCCACAGAGCCCUUCAUUCAUUGGGUCGUUACGCCGGGAAGCGCCGCCGCCAUCGGUGGCGGAAGCUCGCUCUUCUGGUAGACGCGGGACUCGGGGCGGGGGCGGCUUUGUUGGUGGCUCGCGUGUCGGCCGCAGCGGAGCCGCGGUGCUGUGAAACCGAAGGGCUUCUAUUUCUUUAUCCUGUGGAGUUUGGUAGUGACAGUCAUGAGGACCAUGACACCUCCACAGAGAAUGCAGACGAAUCCAACCAUGACCCCCAGUUCGAGCCGAUAGUUUCUCUUCCUGAGCAAGAAAUUAAAACACUGGAGGAAGAUGAAGAGGAACUUUUUAAGAUGCGAGCAAAGCUAUUCCGGUUUGCUUCAGAGAAUGACCUCCCAGAAUGGAAGGAGCGAGGCACUGGUGACGUCAAGCUCCUGAAGCAUAAGGAAAAAGGGACCAUCCGCCUUCUCAUGAGGAGGGACAAGACUCUGAAAAUAUGCGCCAACCACUAUAUCACACCGAUGAUGGAGCUGAAGCCGAAUGCUGGCAGUGACCGCGCCUGGGUCUGGAAUACCCACGCCGACUUUGCUGAUGAGUGCCCCAAGCCUGAGCUGCUCGCCAUCCGCUUCCUAAAUGCUGAGAAUGCACAGAAGUUCAAAACAAAGUUUGAAGAAUGCAGGAAAGAGAUUGAAGAGAAAGAAAAGAAAGGACCAGGCAAGAAUGAAAAUGCCGAAAAGGUGGCCGAGAAGCUGGAAGCCCUUUCUGUGAAGGAGGCCAGAGAUGAGGCUGAAGACAAAUCUGAAGAGAAGCAAUGAGUCACUCUCUGUCCUUUUCCUUUCUUUUUCUUUUUUAAAAAAUUUCCCUGCCCUUUAAGGUUUGUUUUUAUUCUGUUUUGUUUUUACAAGGGACUUUAUAAAGAACUGAAUUCCAACCUUCAGGGUGGUUUUUUUUUUUUUUUUUUUUUUAAUUUUUUUUCUUCUUAAGUUUUGACACCAUCGAACAUGACUUCAGAAAUUCAUUCCCCAGUCAUGAAAAUGUACUGUGCUAACUUUCUUUUCCAUAGUGGAAACACUUAUUUAUAGUCAUCAAAAAUAGUGAAUAAAAAAUGCCUUUGAAAACCUGGA